GGGGCAGAGAGAAGCACGGCUGACUGUUGCUCGGUGUGUUUGCUGUGGGAGAGAGGACUGUUUAUUCUCAGCGGUUUAGUCGGUAUCCAGCCAGCCAACGGUCCGCUCCGGAGUUAAGAUACCAGCGCUGCUCGGCUCAGAAACUCGCGGGACGAUGAAUGGUAAGUCGACGAACGGCUCGCUGGGAGGAAUGGCCUGUAUCGAGGGGCUGCCCCCGCUGCCGAAGAGCCUGAGCGGCUUGCUGAACUCGAGCGGCGGCUCCUGGAGAGAAAUGGAGAGGAUGUACGUGAAGAAAACCAUGAUUCAGGACGACCUGAGCCGAGGCAGGAACAACGCCGACAACCUGCUGGCCAACAAGCCGGCCAACCUGGACGCCGCUCUGGCUCUCCUUCGGAAAGAGAUGGUGGGUUUGCGUCAGCAGGACAUGUCCCUGCUGUGCCAGCUGUGGUCGCUCCACGAGUCCAUCCAGGAGUACAAGGGCAGCUGCCAGGACCUGAGCGCCGCCUCCAGCCUCAGCAUGAUGGAGAACGGCUACUUCGACGAGGACGACGAGUAUUACCCGGAGCCUGGCGCCACUCCCACCGGGGAGCAGCCAGACGGAGAGGUCGGAGACGGGACGGCGUCGAUGGCUGCGGCCAAGAACGGGAGCGGCAAAGACGACAGCUGGGACUCCUUUCACGUCACCAUCUGAGGGCCCGCUCUCAGCUCUCUGCAGAUGGAUAUGUAUUUUUCGGGGGUGAAAGACUCGUGUUAAGCUGGAGGGAAACCUUUUCGCCUCAGAGGAAGAAGUGGUUGGGUAGAGACAGCAGUUGAUUGGUAUCUCACUACCAUAAUAGACUACACAAAUAAAAUUCCAGCUUGUCUUCGACUCCUCCUCAGGUGAAACACAUCCCUGCUUGUGCUGCAGAAGGUUUUUUUUUCUGUUAGUUUUUUUGCAGCGUGACCAGGAGCUUCAGUCCGCGGAGCCGAGAGGCCCGGUGUUCUGACAACACCUGCUCAAACUCAGGAGUUGAGAUGGAUUGUAUUCCAAGACUCCGUAUACUCAGAAUUAGGCAAUAUCUAUGAUUUCUUUUUUUAUCAACGGCUCUGCUGCUGCUUCUAUAUCAAGUGGGUUUUGCUAGCCAGUCUCCCUUUUUGGCAGAACAUUUUUUUUACAUAUACAAAAUAUAUGAACAAAGUUGUAUUAUUUAUUAUCUAAUAUAAAUAACAAGAAAUUUCCUGUUACUCUCUACGGAUGUUUUGUAUUGCAAAUACCCAGGUACACGGGUACAGCAUUUACAGGUCGGGUCACGGAGGAUGGGACUUCUGAACUCUGCAGUCGGUGUUGGCGUAAAGACAGGAGCGACUGUCAGUGUGUGUGUGUGUGUGUGUGUGUGUGUGUGUGUGUGUGUGUUACUUCAAAGUGGUGGCAUCAUCUGGACAGAAGCUGUCAGACCUCAAGAAUGGAGAAAGCGGUGACGUCCUCAAACCUGUUCAGAGUAAAAAAAAAAAAAACACUCAAGAACGGAUUGAGGUUUUGUACAGGAGUGAGGGCUCCACUUUCUUGCCUUUUUUUUUCGGACGGAGCUCAUGUUUGCUCUGAAAAUGUGAAAUGUUCAAAAUGCUGGAAACGGUUUGCGAGCCGAGCGCGCUUCCCUCAGAGCUGUCGACGCGUCACUUGCAGCUUUGAUGCGUCGCUGUUUUCCGACUGGGCGGCGCGAAAGGCCCAGAUGGUUUCGAUCCAGCUGAUGAUGCAUUAUACUCUGCUGUCACCGUACAUCAACUUGGGUCUUCUUUUCAUAGUCACGGCCAUCGUUCCUAUCACUAAUAAUGAUGAGAAGCCAUGAAAAUAAGGCUCAAGUUGCAACUAACAACAGCUACCUUUCAGUAUAACAAGGUAGCGAGCGCUUAGUAGCCAGCGUCGACUGAGAAGAAUCAGGACGAAACGACGUACUCAGCUAUUUUCCUUAUAACCAGCUUCGACUCUUUUCUUCUCGAUAUACUCGAAUUAAAUAAAAGUUGCCAAGAAUUAGGAAACUGUGAUUGGCUGUGAUCAAAACUUUGCACUUUGCUAGUUGGAACGCCUCUUCAUCACAGUGACGGUGAUGGAGACAUGAAAGAACGUAAAUGAUGUGUAGCUCUCUCUGUGUGACAGGUUUGUUUCUGCGGUCACUGCGGCCUUCACAUGUGGCUCGCAGCACAAACACAAAGCUGUAAACACGGUAGCAACUAUCAGAUGAAAACAGGGUACUUUUAUAAUGCUUUGUAUCCUACUUACACUUAUCCUAACAAAAUAUCCUCUGCUGCAUCAGACCUGGAGUUACACUAUACACCCACUCGAGACCAGGCUGAACAUUAUUUAAGACGUAAUGAAUAUAACUGCGAACCUUCCAGUGGCUGUUUCACUCUCUGAGCCUCACCUUGGGAGUUUUCCUUUUACUAGACAAUGCUGGUCACUAACAAGAUUGUAACCGCGAGUGUUUUUAAAUUCGAGAUAACUUGCUUAUUAUUGUACACCUGUGAUCGUUGUAGGAAAACGAACUCGCUCUCUCCGUUUUGAAGAGUGUUUUCAACACUUCAGACGUCGGCCUUAUCUCAGACUCUACGUAUGUUUCUCGCCGCCAUCCUUCAAACGGGCGAAGACGUUUGGAUGUGCAGACAUUGUCACUUCUGCUACACAUAUGAAUGAUCUGUGCAGUCUUCCUUUGCGGGACGGUUAAAACCGAAAUCAAAAAUGCAUUUUUCCUUCCUCUUACUUGUGUUAUUUUUCCAUCUCGGUGGAGGAUUUGGCGAUAUCAACCCUAGAGAUGUCUGUAGUCUCUCAGAUAUAAAGCAUGACAACCCUGUCCAAGGUUAAGAGGAAAAUAAUGUUGUUUUGGUUUUGGGGUGAACUGUCCCUUUUUAUACUCUAAACCCAACAGCGAAGCUCUCGGCUGAACCUGUAGCACGCUUCAUACACAGCAGCUGUUCUGUCACUCGGACUACAAAAUGACUUUUCCUCUGUCAACACCAGCCGCCGCUCUGAGACGCCGUGGCGAGUUUCCGUAGCGCGUCGAUGUCGCGUCUGUACAGAUCGCGUGACGCCACCCGUCCGUAGACUGGUCCACUAUUUGUGUGCUCUGUAGAACACAAACCAAAGAAAAGUACAACACUCAACACGAAAUGUAGUCGGUCAAAGGUGCUGAAAACACGCUUUUCUACUAAACUGAUCUUGAAUGGUUCCAUUGUAUUUCUAAAGGUACAGAACAAAAAAAUAAUGACGCCUGAUGUCUUGAAGAAUGUCUUUACGAGUCAUUUUGAAGCUGAUGUUGUCUGUGUCCUUCAGGAGAAACACUAAUGUCUUCAACUGAACAAUGAAAUGUUUCUUGUUUUUCUAUUUUCCUGUCACAAAUUUCUGUAAAAAAAAAAAAAAAAAAUUCACUGACUGGCGAGUGAAAGUCUCAGUUGCUUCAUGUGUAAAACACGCCUGCGUCGGCACGGCAACUGUGUGGAGAGCACAACCCAUCACAGGAAAUGUGCUUAUUGGCUUUCUAAGCCUUAGCUUGGCCUAAAGACAGCUGGUUACGAUAUGAUUCAUAUAUAAGCUUUAAAUUCAACAUAUCGUGGUUUUGCAGAAACGGAAUGUUUUCUUGGUGACCUGUCUGAGGAAACGGCGAUCGACGCCUCUAAAACGCACCAAUCAGACAUUAGAUUUCUCUCAUUUAAUCCUCACAAAAACAAAGUUGAAAAAGGACACAAGGCUUCACAGUUCAGGGCGAGAAGGAGGCAGAUAAGCACAUUUCGAAAAUAUUCCUUUACGUACCCUAUCGAAGCAAUUCCGGUAGAAAUUCAAUUACAUUUUUGACUGUAUGAGGUUUUAAUCCUCUCUUAACUCUUAACACACUACCUGCUCACUUUAACAUUUUGAAAACCCGCCUGUUAACGAUGCAAGUUUCCAACCAGAAACCUGAGAGGACUCUUCCACAGAACACGGUGGUACUGAGUCCAUCAUCUGAUGCUCGCUCUCUGUAUUUAUCACAAAUCUUUCUGCAGUUUAUCGCUAAUCUGAAGCAUUUGAUCAAACCAUGUAACUGAUUCGGUAAAAGGUUUGACCCCGGAUGUUUGAUGAUUUUUUUUUAUUGGAUGUCAACACAAUUAGUGCCUUUGAGGACCUCAAAGGUUCCAGACCUGAGGUUUGCUGUUCAAGACGUCGACGAGAAUAAACCAGAAACGGUUACGUAUCAUUUGACCCGCUCGACGUGAACUGGGUUCUUAAAGCUGCUCCGUGCAGAAUCUGAAACCUGAUGACUCUUGCAACCUCCUUAAUCCCCUAAUGGCAGAGUAUUACAUCACUACAAAUCCUGAAAAUCCCAGAAAGAGCAGCUUAGAAGGUGCGCUAUGAGAUUCAGACGUUUUACGCCGAGCGCAGACUUUUUUAGCUUUCUUUUUUUUUUUUUUUUUUUACUCCUCCGUCAGAGGCUCCUUUUUCGCUUUAUGGACAAGGACGCAGCUGUCGGGAGUGGCGUGUUUUUGAUGCUUCCUGCCUCUGAAAUUUGAGUUGCUUCACACACUGAGAGGCUGCUCUCUUUCCCUCCUCACUCGGACGGCAACAUAGACACGAAGCGACUUUCAUUUUUGCUCCUCCAAAAUGAAUUUGAACCUUCUGCUCGCAACGGCCUUAAAAUCAGCCGCGCCAUCAGCAAAGUAAAAGGCGCGCUCCUCGCGAACAUUUCAGGUGUCGGGCCGUGAUUUUUGCACUCGUUUUGCGGUUGUUCUGUGUUGAAUCAUGCAAAAAAAAAAAUCACGUGAUUACUGGAUGUGUUACGUGGUGACGUCACCUCAGGGUAAACUUUCGGCUCCUGACCCUGGGUGGAUGGAAAAAAAAUUAAUCUUUCUGAACACAAUUGUAUUGUGACUCUCUGUUAUUAGGUGUUUUUUUCCCCAGUGUGAUGUACCAACAUGCUUACAGCGGCGACAGUCGACUUAUUUCACUUUAAAUGUCAUGUUUUUGGACUCUCACAACAAGGGCUUCUCUCUGAAGCCGACUUUGAACAAUCACGUGCUCAAAAUCACUUUGUUAGGAGAGGCAGAGCCAUGCGGCCUCCGAACACCAGGAUGCGAUGCAAGAAUGCAAACCACGAGGACGUCAUGUGUUUCGACUCAAGUCGCGGUUAUUACUGUAAUCACAGUCACGCCUCAGCGUCCACUUCACACUGCUGCUUCAGCGGGUCGUCAAAAAGGCACAUGAAACAGGAAGCAUGUGAAGGAGGGUGCACCGAAAAAGGCAAAUUCAUUUUAAUCAGAGGUUGAUUUGUGUUGAUCUGAUCGUCGAUUGGCCAUGUUUCAUCCACUUUGAAACUUCCUGCUGCUCACCUUUGCUUGCGAAAUGCCUAAAAACACGUGCAAAUUCGCGUUUUCUCGCCAAAAACUCUAAAUGACUCUUCUCUAGCCCGACCUGUGUGCAGGCCUGGCUCUCAUCAGAUGAAUGUGAGCGCGUGAAUCAGCAGAGGAAAACACGAGGGAGCCUUGGAGGCAUUAAAUUCCAACAGAUUAUUAUCGUCGACAUACUUAAUAUUCAGAUCAGCAUCCACCAGCUGUCGAAUUUGUUUGAAUCUGUCGUCGGGGGAGUUGAUGAGAGACCGGAAUGGUGAAAUGUUUGACUUCAUAUCCAUACUGUAUAUCAUUCAUGCUAAUCGUUCAUUAAAUCAUUAUAGUGGAAACAAGUAAGUUGUUGAGAAAACAUGAAGCCUGUGUUGUGACCAUCCAUCAUUAAUGAAUGACCAUACUACUGUUUCUUUGGAUGAUUAGUCUCAACCCUAUCAUAGUAAUUAUACUGAGACCAGUUUAAUAAAGUGAUUCCAUACUUA